AUGACAAGCAAUAAUCGUAGGUCAGUUUAUAUAGUAAGCAGAUUCCUGGUUUGCUUUUCAUUUACUUACAACCAAAAGUGGUUGCAAACCAAACAAAACAAAACCAAACAAACAAACAAAAAAAGAGAACUGUCAACUGUUAAUCCCACUUCUCCAUCAACUACUCUUGAUUCCAACCACAUGAUUUAUACUGCUGAACAGAUUAGACAUAAGAAGAAAUUGAAGAAAGGAAUCAAUUUCAACUUGUUAGUUGUAGGAGUAAACGACUUGGGAAAGAAAACAUUUAUCAAUACAUUAAUUAAUCAACCAUAUUAUCAAAUCAACCAACCAAUUCCAAAUACAUCACAUUCAAGCAUAGCAGGCACAAGCAAUAGUGAAUUUUCUGAAAACUCUUCUAAUAAUAAUGAAUUUUCAAUUGAAACCAAUUCAUUUGAAUGUUGUCCAAGAUCAAUACCAAUUAAACUUAAAAUCUCAGUUACUAAUAAUUUUGGAUUUAAUGUUCAUAAUGAUUCUCAUGGUGAUACUUUAUUAUCAUUUAUUGAAAAUAAACAUCGAGCAAUUUUACAUGAAGAAUUGAAAAUUUGUCGAAAUCCAAAUUUACAAGAUAAUAGACUUCAUCUUGGAUUAUAUUUUAUUAAUGCCAAUGUUAAAGGAUUAUCAAAAUUUGAUAUUUCUAUGAUGACAAAGAUAUGUCAUCGAAUCAAUUUAUUACCAAUAAUUGCUAAACGAGAUGGAUUAACUGAUAUUGAAUUAAUUCAAUGUAAACAUGCCAUCAAUAGAGAUAUACUGGAAAAUAAGAUUCAAAUAUUCAAUUUCUUAUCUAAACUGAAUGAUGAUGCUGGUGCUGAUGCUGGUGCUGAUGCUAAUGCUGAUCAUCAUUAUAAACGAGAUGGUGAUAUUGAAGAAUAUAUGACUUUAUCAGCUAAAGAAUAUAAUUAUCUUAGUGAAUUGAAUAAAUCAAUUCCAUUUGCUAUUAUUGGAUCGAAUUCAAUUGUUGGUGACCCACAAAAUGAGAUUGUUAGAAAUACUAAAUGGGGAAGUAUCCAAAUUGAAGAUAAAAAUAUUUGUGAUUUUAAAAUAUUGAAAAAUAUAAUAUUUGAAACUCAUUUACAAGAAUUUAAAGAUGUUACUGUUGAAAAGAUAUAUGAAAAAUUUAGAGUUGAACAAUUGAUUAAAAAUUGA